AUGGGAACGGUGGUGGUUGACAACCUUCCGACGGAGCAGUCCGAGGAAACGAUGAAAGAGCUGUCGCGUCUCUUCAAAGACGAGCACAAAGAGCCCAUGGCAAUACACUUGCUUCCGCAUUGCAUUCUCAAUACCGUGCUUGAUCAUAAAUCCGUGAUUUCUCCAAAGGAAACAAGAAAGUGUAGAUCAGAUCUUGGUUUCAUCUCGUUUUGCUUACUGUGGAUCACACCUGAAUCAAUCCCCCCCAGUGUUUUGGCGGUCAAAGAUGAUGUCGUUUGCAUCUUUCGAGGAACUAUUGAGAACAGAGCGGAAAUUGCGGCUUCGUAUCACCAUCCGAUACCAAAGAAGGACGCUGUUGUUGUGUUAUGGGUUUACAAUAACUUGGGUACUAAAGAGGACGAGACUCCAUGGAUUGACGCAGUCAAACAGUUCAAAGGUGGUUUCUCGUUUGUCCUAUAUGAUGCAAAGAGGAAGAGCUUUUUUGUCACUUCGGGUCUUGAUGGCAUUCCAUGCUAUUGGGGACUUUCCCAACAUGGUACCAUCCUCUUCUCGUCUUGCUUGGAGAUGGCGAGCACAAAGUGCGAAAACUUCUGUGGACAAAUACCCAAGGGUUGUUACUAUGCAAGUGGAAAAGGUUUGAGGAACUUUGAAACUCCAGAUGUUGAGUUGAAGCCUGAGUUUGUACCACCACCAGCGAACCAAUAGAAGGGCCCAAUUUGUACGAGAAUCUAUAUAUCUUGCCACUAUGUACUAGACCAAUAUAAACAUAGUUUUUUUUUUCUUUUUUGGUCAAAGACCCAUUAUAAACAUGGGGGAAUU